GGCGAUUUGUAUAUUGAUGCUACUACGGUGAACUGCUGGGAAACCUGAAAAGGAAAUAAAUUGUUAAUUAGAAUUUGGAUAAAGUGAUUGAGUUGAAUUAAAUCGGUUGUUGCUAGUAAAUUAGCGGAAGCUUACAGAAUUAGAAGCGGAGUAGGAAUAAUUGGAUUGUAUUGGAAGGAGGAAAAAACUACUCAUGUAAGUUGAAAUGAAACACAAAAUGGUUGACAAUUAUUAAAAACAGAACAUUUUCAGUUUUGAGCUGCAACAACAAAGCUGCUACAAAAACCAGUUUUUUCGAGAUCCGAACAUUCUCAAAAAUGAGUAAAGGAUCGAAUUCGCGCCUUUCCGACCCGAAUGAGACGGCCUACAAUUGCGGGAAAUGCCACCGGCCGGACGAAGAUGAGAGCCAGAUGGUAUUCUGCGACAACUGCCAGGUGUGGUUCCAUUUCGGCUGCCAAGGAGUGACGUCAGCAGUACAGGAAGACAACGAUUGGGUUUGUAACGACUGCGCUGGUGACUCAAACGGAGCGACUGCCAUCGGGGCCGAGGAGAAUGAGUUGCUGGAAGCAGAAAGGGAGAUAGCUCGCGAGCGAGAGCGUCUUGCUGCUUUGAUAGAGAGGAAGAAAAGGGUGGCAAGUAUGAAACUAGAGUUAGAGAAAGAAAAGAGGGAAGCGAUGUGGCAGUUAGAGAAGCAGGAAUUAGAAGCAAAGGCUGUAGCUGAGGAAGAAUUCAAUAAGAAAAAGAAAGCAGAACAGUCAAAGAUUCAGCGCAGAAUAGAUAAAGGCUUUAGCGGAGCGUGUUCAGUUAGAGAAGGAACAAAGUACGAUACGAUUCUGUAGGAAGACAUCAACUCCGACAGUAGGCUUAGGUAAUGCCCUAGAAAAUGCAAGGUCAUCGAAAGUCAACGCGGAUGCAACUCGCGCGGGAAAUGUUCAUACUAGCGAAUCGGCGUCGAAUAGUGAAAGUGAUAGUGGUGAUGAUGCCAGUGCUAACGGUGACGAAGUGGAAGUGGUUCCAACCAAAGCCCAGCUGUCUGCGCGUCAGUUUUUGGCUCGACGGUUGCCGACGUUCACCGGGAAAGCGGAAGAGUGGUCGAUCUUCAUCACGAGCUACGAGGCGUCGACGAAAGCGUGUGGUUUCUCCAACCUAGAAAACCUAGUACGGCUGCAGGAGUGCUUGAAGGGAGCUGCACUGGAAGCGGUAGGAUCGCGACUUCUAUUGCCGCAGUUUGUUCCGAAGGUGAUUCAGGAGCUGAGAGAACAGUUUGGCCAACCUGAACAAAUUUUGGAGACGUUGUUGGUGAAGGUGAGAUCCGCGGACGCCCCGAAGACGGAGAAGCCGGCGUCGUACAUUACAUUCGGUCGAUUGGUCCAGCAACUCUGCGACCACAUGGAAGCAACACGCCUGGAAGAACAUCUGAUCAACCCGUUACUGAUAAGUGAGUUGGCGAAGAAGCUUCCACCGAGUACAAAGAUGGAUUGGAUUCGAUACAAGCGCGGGCAGUUAGGCGACGGGAAGAGAGUUACAUUACGUACCAUGGCAGAUUUUCUUGCGGAGAUAGUCUCUGUACACAGAAAAAAAUAAAAUUGUACCUUUAAAAAUUAUGCACUUUUAAUCGAAAAAGUUGCAAAUUUUCUUAAAAUUAAAAGUGAAAAAACAAUAAAAGAAAAUUAUGCAUUUCAUUCAAAAGUGUUUUUUUACUUUCCUGAGUGUAAUUUUAAAAGUUCAUCUUUUCAAUUUCAAAAACUGUUAAACUAUCA